AUGCCUUGACAUUUUGCAAGAACAAGGAUGCUGAACUGGUCACUGUAGAAACAGCAAAUGAGAACCGAUUCCUCGUGCAUUUUGCAGGGAAGCUUUUCCGCAACACCACUCAUAGUCGGGUGAACACAAUGUUUUGGCUUGGAGCGAGUGACGACGACAUUGAAGGAAUAUGGAAGUGGGUGGCUACAGAUGAGGAGCUGAACUUCGAGAAUUGGGAUGUUAGCAACAACCAGCCUUCCAGUAUCCAUGACAACCACGAGGAUUGUCUGGUUAUAAAAGGUGAAUACGACUUCAUGUGGCAUGAUGUGGAGUGUGAUGCUGAGCAUGGCUUCCCCCUGUGUGAAAUGCAAGGCACUAGCACAGGAGGUACGAACCCGCUCUCUGCUAUUGGAUAGAUUAGUCUUAAAUGUACAGGUAGAUUGACAAAAUAAAAAAGAUAACAUUGAUAACAUUUA